UGUACAUCCUUGUAUAGUUUUAACUUUUGCUAUAUUUAACGGGUGUGGUCAAUAAAUUCACUUUAUUUACAUGUGUAUUGAAAAGUAAAAGUGGGUCAUGUUUAUUUUGGAACUUUAAACUACAAAGUCGAUCUAACAAUCUAGACUUUGCUGAUUGGCCUUGGAGAUAAAACAAUCUUGAAGUCUUCAGUCAUAAUGAAUAUCUCUGCAAAUUGGCAAACUAUUCUUGCGGGCGUCUGCGUUGGACUCCUUGUGUAUUACGUCAUCAAGCGCAUGAAACAUCGUCUGCCACCGGGACCAAGAUGUCUCCCAAUCAUCGGAAAUUAUCAAGUAUAUUCCUCUCCAGACGCCUAUCGAAAAGUCUUCCAAAUGGUGGAUAAAUACGGACCUGUCAUCAGCAUAUCAUUUGGACCAAUGAAUUGGAUUUUUCUGAACAAUAUUGAUGUAGUGAAUGAAGCUUUUGUGAAAAGACAGGAAGACUUUGCUGGGCGACCUCAGAUGACAACAGGUAAAAUGUUUACUGAUGGCGGUAAGGAUAUUGCCUUUGCUAAUUAUUCCCCGAUGUGGAGACUCCAUAGAAAGGUCGCGGCCAAGGCUCUCCGUCAUUACCUACAAGGAAGCCUACUGCAGGAUAUGGUUCAAGAAAAUAUGAAUAAAUUUAUGGACAAGAUGGCAAAAGAAAGAGAAGCAUUUGUACCCAGAGAUUAUAUUAAUUUGAUCGUUUUCCAUCAACUCUAUACCGUGUGUUUUGGAGAAAUGAGACCAGCAGAUGACCCAGAAGUGAAAGAAUUUUUGAAAACGUACGAAGAUUUUGUAGUCGACUUUGGCGCAGGCGCAUUGGAAGAUCUCAUUCCCUUUCUCGUCCAUAUUUAUCAGACCGCCAAAUAUAAAAAGCUUGUGAGACAAAAAGAAAAACUUUUCUCUUUCAUCAAACAGAAAUAUAAAAACCACAAGGAGACAUUUGAUCCCAGUAUCAAUAGAGAUUUUAUAGACAGCUUGCUGAUUGCAAAACACGAAGCAGAAACCGAGAGUGCAGAUAACGAUUUAGAACAGUUUAAUGAUGUGUACCUGAUUCAAACUGUAGCCGAUAUUUUCUUUGCUGGAACAGAUACCACUAAGACGAUCAUGGAUUGGUUUGUGUGUUACUUGUCAGGCCUUCCUGAUGUUCAGGCCAAAUGCCAGGAGGAAAUCGACAACAACAUAGGCAGCAGACAACUGACAAUGAAGGAUCGUUCCAAGUUGGAAUAUGUCGAAGCCUGUCUUUGUGAAACCAUGCGAUUGGCCCUUGCUGCAUCAGUCGGUGUUCCUCAUUUUACACUAAGCGAUACGCAAGUCGGUGGCUAUGACAUUCCAAAAGGAACCGUGGUUUUAGCUAAUUUUUAUGCACUACAUCGAGACCCAAAACACUGGGAGAAUGCGGAAACAUUUGAUCCAACACGGUUUCUGGACAAAAAUGGAACAUUGACGACAAAACGUGAGAGUUACCUUCCGUUUUCGGCAGGGCGGCGCGUUUGUUUAGGGGAACCCGUGGCAAAACCGGAACUUCUUCUUAUGUGUGCGAGUCUUCUGCAGAGAUUCGAGCUUCGUCUUCCAGAAGGAGUAAAGCCAAAUUUUGACAGUGUACCUUUAUCUUUUGGCUUAGAAAUUCCACACAGUUAUAAAAUUGUUGUCAAGGAUCGCAAUACUUCAUGAAUAUAAUUUUGAUACAAGAUAAAGCAAUAAAAGUAGGUCUAAGAAA